AACACUUGAAAAAGGCCUGUGUCCAUGCAGGAGUCAGAAGCAGAUACACUUAAUAGUUUUUGUCUUCCUGAGCACCAGCACUACCGAUUGCAGGCUGGUUAACGACAGCUUGACAACCAAAUAUGUCUUUUGGAUUCUGUGUGAGAAUGCUUCUUUUCUCCAUUCUGGCUUUUGGCCACAAUGCAAAUGCACUCGGCUACAGAAGUCGAAGCGCCACUGGCGUUCACCCUCUCUUUGGCAACCCAAAAAAGCCACCUCAACCUAACUCAAAUGGAAUCUUCUUGACCCAAGCCGAGAGCUGGGUCUCUUCACAAAAUGGAAAAAGCAUUGAGUCGGGAAUUGCUUCAAGUGGAGAAAUUAUUAUGCAAUCUGGUCCUCAGCCCUCUAAGCCCCAGCAGCCUUACUACCAGCACCAGCCAUCUACUUUUCAACCUAAGAAACCCAGCCCCCAGAACCCGACCACUUUCAAUUCAGGCGAUGAGCAGAAUUGGCUGAGGCCCCAGCAGCAGCCUACUUUCAAUCAGCAUUACCGGCCGCCGCGGCCUGGGUCCCCGCAACUGCCCGCUUUCAAUCCAACCUACCAGCCCACGCCCCAAGAGCCAACCACUUUCAAUUCAGGCUACUUGCAGAAUUGGCAGAGGCCCCAGCAGCAGUCCACUUUUGAUGAGGGCUACUGGCCGAGGCCACCAAGGCCCCAGCAACCACCUAAUUUCAAUCCUGUCUACCCACAACAGAAGCCCAAGCCCAAUUCAUUGAAAACGCACUAAAUUAUUUGGUUCAGAGAGAAGUGAAAACGCUCUGCAAACAGGUUUUCCUAUAGUCAACAACUUUUGAACUUCAAUAAAUUACUUUCAACUUACUGUCUGCUAUGAAUGUCAUUUGAAACCUGCGAAUUUGUUACAUAAUUGUGUUUCUGGCUACUUUCUCAACACGGGUAGUCCUGGCAUUGUUCUAAAAUUCAAUAAAGUACUACCGCACAGUCUGCCAUGAGUAUUU